AUGAACAAAAUCGAUGUCUGGGGAUCAUUGGAGGCCGAGGGAAAAAUAUUCAUAAUGAUGAAGCCUCAACACGACGCUACCUUCUCACGCAUGAACAAAAUCGAUGGCUGGGGAUCUUUGGAGGCCGAGGGAAAAAUAUUAAUAAUGAUGAAGCCUCAACACGACGCUACCUUCUCACGCAUGACCAAAAUCGAUGGCUGGGGAUCUUUGGAGGCCGAGGGAAAAAUAUUCAUAAUGAUGAAGCCUCAACACGACGCUACCUUCUCACGCAUGAACAAAAUCAAUGACUGGGGAUCUUUGGAGGCCGAGGGAAAAAUAUUAAUAAUGAUGAAGCCUCAACACGACGCUACCUUCUCACGCAUAACAAAAUCGAUGACUGGGGAUCUUUGGAGGCCGAGGGAAAAAUAUUCAUAA